UCCUUAUUACAGAGCAUAGAGUCCCUCUCAUCCUCAGUACUGAAUAAUAUUUUCUGGAAACAGCAACCAUGAGGAUUUUCGCUCUCGCUGUACUACUCGUCGUCAUUUGCGUUGUCCAGAACACCACAGCAGUGACACCAGAUUGGCAGUACAGGACAAAGUUGAGUCACUGGAGUAGCGUUUCUGCGAUUUCCGAUAGGACCUUCGGUUACAUCCGGAAAAUUGGCAAGACAAAUUGCUCAAAAAAGGCAAACUCGGAUCUUCGGAGCAUGACAGAAGCUGCCAGAAUUGGAAUCUGGAACUGCGUCGAUGCCUCGACCAGCGAAGCUGAGGGAAUCGCUUGCGCCAAAGCUGAGGUGGUAAAAGCUUCGGCCAGAGCUGACGAGAUCUUGAGGAAGGCAAAGUAUUGUGCACAGCGUUAUUAG